AUGGCUAGCUGGCAAGAUCUUCCGCAGAAAGACCUUAUGAAACUUUGCAAGGAGGCUUUUGACGACAUGAAACAGCGUCGGGAAGAGGAGGAGAAGAGUCUCACCUUGCAGUUGGAGGAGGACUGUGAGAAGAAGCGUCAGCAACAGCAGCAGAAGAGUCGGCCACGUGCCAAGACCGCGGCCAAAAGCAAGACCUCUGCUCCGGCGACAUCAGAGUCAGAAAUGGCUGUUGCUCCUUUUCCUGCCCCUGUUUGUGAAAACACAGAGUCACGAGGCAGAAAGAACCCGAGUACCAAGGGCCAGAGUCAGAAACUGGCUGCCAGCCAAAAUUCAGAGCCUCGUCAGAAGAGAGCUAGGGUCAAGAAAGACAAGCCAGACAGCGAGCUUACCGGGGCUUUAGUCCCAGCUGCUCCAAAGCAGCCGCAGAGGGUCAAGGAAGAGCCUGGUAAUUCUGUCGUCCUAGUGGAGACACCCAAACCUGAGAAGAAAAGAGGAAGGCAUGCACCAGGGAAAGAGUACAAGAGCGUCAAGGCGUAUGAGAACAUGAGAAACUUCCUGGACGUGCUGCAGCUGGUUUCAUCAUGUUGCAUCAUGAAUUAG